AUGGUUUACACCGUAUUAUAAAAACACGCUCGUCUGAUGUUGACGAGUCUAGCCCUACUCUCUUUGGCGGCAAAAAUAAAAAAGAUGGCGGUAAUUCCAUCUUUCGAGCAAGUAUAAGUAGAAGAGAUCUGCUCAGCUGCUCUCACAAACUCAUCUUUCCGAAGCAAGCAUUAGCUGGUCUCCUCUCACUCAAGCCAGUGUGGAAAAUUGACAGCCCUACGCAGGAGGAAUUAACAAUGUACAUGGCGGCUUAUUCUGUCAUGUUACAUUUUAAAAACAUACUACUUCUGUUAGUUGCAAUAUUGGAGUACUAUGCACCCAAUUUUGUUCUAAGAAAGAGGAAGAGAAGUCAAAAAGGAAAUGCUUACCAGAGAUACACAAUUAGAUGUCUAAAUAUUAGAAGUAUGAUUUGGGAUGAUGAUAUAGAAUGUGUGGAUAACAUUAGGAUGGAUAGGAGAGCAUUUUACAAGCUCUGUAAUAUGGUUGAAAGCAUUGGUUUGUUGUGGUCAACAAAGAACACGUCUAUUGAAGAAAUGCUUGCUUCAUUUCUCUAUAUUUUGGCUCACAAUACUAAAAAUAGAGUAGCCAAGAGAGAAUUUGUGCGCAGCGGUGAAACAAUUAGCAGACACUUCAAUAGUGUCUUACUUGCUAUCUUGAGAUUACACGAAGUUUUGCUUAAGAAGCCUGAACCAGUACUUCAAAACUGCAGAGCACACCCAUGGAAGUGGUUUAAGAACUGUUUAGGUGCAUUAGAUGGAACAUAUAUUAAGUUAAAUGUUGCAGAGCAAGACAAACCCAAAUAUAGAACAAGAAAAGGUGAUUUGGCCACAAAUGUAUUGGGAGUUUGCUCUCAAGAUUUAAAUUUUAUUUACAUACUACCUGGUUGGGAAGGGUCCGCUGCUGAUGCAAGGGUUUUAAGAAGUGCAGUUUCCAGAUCCAAUGGUUUUCUAGUUCCUCAAGGUUACUACUAUCUUUGUGAUGCUGGAUACAGUAAUGCAGAUGGUUUCUUGGCUCCGUAUAGAGGCCAGCGCUACCACUUAAAAGAAUGGAGUCAAAACAAUCAACCUAGAACAAAAGAGGAAAUGUUUAACUACAAACAUUCUAGCGCUCGUAAUGUCAUUGAGAGAUCAUUCGGUUUACUUAAAAUGAGAUGGGCGAUUCUUCGUGAAAGAUCUUGGUAUCCUAUCAAGACGCAUUGUAGAGUGAUAACGGCUUGUGCUUUACUGCACAAUCAUAUAAGAAGGGAGAUGCGAAGGGAUCCACUUGAGGAUAAGGUGCCCGAGGAUUAUGUUGAUCCUGACACGUUGUUAAAUGUCCCAAACAUACAGGAUAUCGAACCCUCCGUUGCGUGGACUGCAUAUCAUUUAGAGAUAAUUUAGCACAAGAAAUCUGGAACGAGUGCCGUAGGAAUUAAGCUUGAACUUAUUGGUUUUAUGCAUUGUUAUUAUUUUGUUACUAGUUAUUUAUCUGUAAUGGACAUGCUCAUAAUAUUCAGUGAAUUUGAG